UCGAAAUGCCUGGAAAACACCCGUGUCCGGAUUCAGGAAUCGAUACUCGACCAUUUGGAGAAACGGGAAUACCGGUUCAUCUGGCUUCGUGGCUCUCCGGGCACCGGGAAGACUGCUAUAUCGAUGAGUGUCGCCUCAACGCUUGCCAAACAACAUCGCUUGGCAGCGUCUUUUUUCUGGGACAAG